AGAUGGAAACACUGGGACCCCAGACGUCAUGGUUUUGAAAGUUGACGUGAAGUUGGUUGUUUUAGAGGCAGAUGAAGUAAUAAUCAGGAAAGUUAAAGACAAGCCUGUGAGCAUAAAGAUCUGUGAUUUGAUUGGCUGUCAGACCUGUGAAGAACCCUCCAGUUCUCUGUCCAGUCUGUUUAUGACACCCCCUAACAUUGUCAUCCGGUAUAUCUCUAGAGGGCAGCAUUACAAAUGGACAGCUGAGACUGUGGAGGUCAUAGGGUCAAAGGAAAACUGUGAGGCACUGAAGAAUGAAAUCAACAAUAAACUAGGUCAAGAAAAGGAAAGGCCCAAGAAAUUGGCAGUCUUUAUCAAUCCAAUUGGAGGGAGCCAGACUUCUAUGAGUGUUUACAGCAAGGUUGUCACCCCUUUAUUUAAAGCUGCAAACAUCACUUGUGAUGUCAUGGUUUCUGAGAGACCAAAACAUAUGAUUGAUCUGGUGAGUGGUUUUGACACAGCUAGUGUAGAUGGAUUGGUUGUAGUUGGUGGUGAUGGAACAUUACUUGAGAUUUUGAAUUGUCUUCUGACAAGAGUUCAAAAAGAGGCUGGAUUGGAUUACGACCAGCCAUCCUGUAAACUGAAACCAUUGGAGGUGCCAAUAGGAAUCAUCCCAACAGGGACUGGUAAUGGAGCUGCUACUGGCCUGUACGGUAAUAAUGAUGUUGUCACCGCUGUUCUACACAUCAUCAGAGGUCAAACUAAUUAUAACAAUGCCCAGGCAGUUUACAGUGGUAGAAAGCUAGUAUCUUUCAGUGGUGGAGUCUGUGUAGCAUAUGGGUUGUUCUCUGACAUUAUUUAUCACACAGACAGAAAUCGAUGGCUGAAAAGAGCAAGAUAUGUUGUUGUUCCUAUAAAUAUACUACUCUUCAAAAGACAAAGGCAAUUUACUGCAAAAGUCACUGUUUUCCCAAAGGAGCAGAAUACAGACUCCAGUGAUGAAGACACAGAUGCCACAGGCAGGGAAGAAUCAGCUGCAACAGAAGGAAAAGAAGCAGAGUUUUCAAGUAAUUUAAUUGGAGUGGCAUCUUUUGGGGUUGAUUUUCUCAGUGUUGCAACUGAUUCAAAGCUGGACUUUGUUAAAGCAACACAGAGCAGCAGAAAAAAUGGUGGUUUCUGUCUUUUUAUCAACAAACGCACCAGUCGGACCCAAUUCUUAACUCAUUUUUUCCAGUUAAUGACAUUGACCAGGUCUGCAUUUGAGAAGGAUUUUUUGAGUACACACUCAGUUAGGGGCUAUAAAGUAAAAGUUCUGAGUCAUGAUGAGUCACCACAGGCAAACUCACAAGAAGCAGAAAUCAACAAGUUGGUUGAUGUAGAUGGAGAACUGAUAGAAAUUGUAGAUGAAGAAUAUGAAGUUUGGAACCAUAUGAGGAUAAUAAAGUUCUACACAUGUUUUUGAGAAUUGAAUGAAAGGAGUUCUGGAGCUAUAACAAAUAAGUUGGAGCAGCAAGAACUUUGUGACAAAAUGGUGGCAAAUUGUUUAUAAUUAUUACUUUAUGUCACUAAUGUCCAUUUUCAGAAAUACUAUACAUAAAUAUUAAAUGAACCAAUGACUAUCCAUAUACGUGUACAGACUACCUAUUCAUGUAUUUUUCUUCAUAUAACAUUCAGGGAACUUUUAUAAUAUACCCUGCAUACUGAGGAUAAAAACUUAAACCUUAUACCACUAUACAUAUACUGUAAGUCGUUUUAAUUCCACGGUGUUAAGAUUUCACAAUUUCUCAAAAAGUACCAAUCGCGAUGGUUUUAAUUUCACGCUGUUAGAAGUUAAUUAAAUUUUUGUAUAAGCAUUUUAAAACGUUUUUAUAAAAUAAAAACAAAUGAUGACAUUCGCUAUUGGUUUAAUUUCGCUGAGAAAUAGUGAAUCGUGAACAUAGUGAAAUUAAAACCCUCAUGUUUAUUUGCCCAUCUACAGUAUACUAAGUAUAUAGAAUGAUUUGUAGAUGUUAAUUGUUGUAAUUGUUAAUUGUAUCUUUAAGUUCAUCUUAAUGAAGUCUAUGGAACUUGUACCAUAUUCUUGGCAUUCGAGUUGAUGUCACCAGUUCCAUUUUCUGAAGCAGAUCUUUAUUACAUGUAUUUGACAUGCUAGAUGGUGCAGUAUGUUUCAUUGUACCAUUCAAGUUUCAGAUUAGAAUGAACAAUUAAAUGGUUUGGAGCAGGCUUCAAUUAUAGGAGCAGGUCUCAUUCCAAAGUAAAAGAUCCCCCACUGCUCUUAGGUUGGAGAUGUCAAGUAAAAGUCUAAAUAUGCAGCCCUCUGGUGGCUAGUAGUGGCAUCCCAAUAUGUCAGAAUGAAAAGUUUGUGAAGGGAUGUUAAUCAGAUAAGUAUAAGCCAUUUAGGGAUUAAUCUUGCAUGGAUAAUGUAUCUGAGGGUGCACACUGUCGGAUUUUUUCAGUUGCUGCAUCUAAUAUGUAUUUUCUGGAUGAAUGGAUGAAUAGGUUUAAGUUUUUGGAGCAAGUCCAUUCAAUUUUCAGUAACUAUAAGCCUUGUAUAGACAGAACUUGUAUAAGUGAUGUUUCUGUAGAGAUGCACUUUAACAGACUAACUGAUUUUGGAUUCUAGACUCUUUAUGGGAUAAGUGACUAGAUCAAUUUUUUUGAGCAGGUUUUUUAUUUCUGAGUAACUAUAAACGUUUCUGUGCAAAAAAAGAUGCAUGUAGGAUGCACAGUACUAGAUGUGCUUUGUAUCCUCUCAAGAUCUGACCUAAAUUUUCCAAAUAUGUGAACAGGCUUAAGUUUUUUGAGAAGAUUCAUUUCAAAGUAGGGAGACUAACAUGGGUGAUGCACAAUACUGUAUUGAUGCAAUACUACUGAUGAUUUUUGUUGUUGUUGUGAUGUUUUGUCUUUUUUUUUAUAUUGUAAGCUUUUAAUCUUUGAUUAUUUAUAAUUCAAUAAUGAUUUGACCAAGUCUACCUACACUUAAUUCAGGUUUACAAAAUGAUAAUCUCUCAAAUUAUUUAUGUUGAUGGUGCUAAUUAAGAUGUACAUUUAAUUAUGUUUAUAUAGAC